AUGACCACCAAGUCAACUCCUUCGCCGGCGCAUCUCGCUACGAGCGCACUAUUCACGCCUCCCGUACCGGUUACACCCGAAUCUUCAGUGCUGGCCGCAGAUGUCCCUCUUCCACCAAAUACCGUCGUGCUGUAUAAAGUCUGGCGACCCACGACACCCGACGCACUAGAGGCCGCGCGGCGUACGGUGACCACUUUGCGGGCCAGCGCGCCCGAAUCGGAUAUACUGGGAAAUGUGCUCUUCAGUAUCUCGAUGGAAAGGGGUGCCGAACAGCUCUACGUAUUCGCGGUCGACGCUUCCGAAGGACAGGCUCGGGCACGGAAGCAACUCGCCGAGCUCAAGUUGGACAAUAUGGAUGUCAUGGAAUCCGCGUCAUUCACCCCGGAUGGAAUAUUCCCUUGCUCACGCGCCUGUGCGGCCCAGCGCGCACCUUGCCCUUCAUGCCUCUCAUCGACAUCGAGCGCAGUACCCACGCCGUCAUCCUCCUCUUCGACUUCGCUGUCAGCCAGUGCGACAUUACUCCCACGACAACAUCUCAGGCUUCCAUACGCGUAUUUCUUACGAUCACUGGCGAACGCUUUGUCCGAGGAGAUGUGUAGCGGCAGCACGCCUCAGCUGAGGAUGUGCCGCUUUCGAGACGGUCUUGCACUGUUCCCGCCAGUUGCGCAAGGCGGAUGGGGCAUCGGAUGGGAACACCACGGAACGACGCGGGCGCUUGUGAACUGCACAUUUGAUGUGUCCCUCUCGCUUGAUCGCAUCUUGUUCACGCCACAACUACGCGCCUCGACGUACAAGCCGUUUGAGCCAGAAACACCACCAGAUCGAGGCGCACCCAUCAUACUCUUACCAAAUGGCACUCCGGCGUACUACCUCUCGGAUUAUACGGGGCCCCGUUCUGCCCUCACGGAACACUAUCGUGCUGCACUGGCGGAUCGAUGUUGCGGCCCGUGGGACUCCUCGAUCAAUUCCCCUUCCUCGGCAGCCAGUAGUAGCGGGAGCGAGAACGGCAAGGAGUGCGAAUCUGGCAAUCCCCUUUACGUCGUGGCGUGGAUCGUGGUGCAGAACAAACAUGGCGAGGACAAAGGCGUAGCCGUAGUAUGGCCAGCGUCACUGACGCUCGCACAUAUUCCCUCGUUGACUUCAGGAAUGCCAGCGAGUGCCAGUACCUUCACACCUUUGGCAUACACUCCUGUCCUACCGCCAGAACUACAAUCCGCGCCACCAGCUCCUGCCGCCCCCGCACCAAACAGUCUCGCUUCUGCAUCUACAGAGGCACCACCUCCACAAUCUACACUUCCUCUACCCGAGCGUGUCCGGCCAGCGACAACACCAGGAGUGCGAUCGGUCGGCAUAUUUGCUCUUGCGUUACAUACGCCCGGCCAAGCCGACGUGAAGCGAGUGGCGACAACCGUCGGGACAUUCGUGGAUGAAGCUGUCAAGCAACGCGACGCGGAGAUACAGAAACGCCGGGAGGCUUCUGCCGCGAGCUCUACAACGGCCACGAGCGGUGGUGCCGCCAGUGGAUCCUCGCGAACUGCUGGGAGGCCGAGCGUCAGUACGUCUGCAUCACCGGCCGCUGCAUCUAUGGCGGCCGCAACUGCAACUUCUGCCGUAACGGCUGGGCAACCCUUUUAUCCAUCCCCCGUCACGAGUGGUGCGCCGACGAAUCCACAGCCCGAGCCCGUGCCGCCUCCAAUACCAAUACCGGAGCCGCAGACGCAAACUCAGCCAACGACCUUCGAUACGUUUGACGGAUUCGAUACCUUCGGAGAUUGGGGAAACGGCGACUAUCUCACGUCGGGCAUGAAUGGGUUGAACACGGGAAUGGACAUGAAUAUGAACCUCAGUGGACAGGCUCUCAACAUGAACAUGAACAUGGACUUGGGAAAUAACACCAAUCUCAAUGCGCCCAAUGACCUCAGCAAGAACAGCUGGGAUCUAGGCGGAUCCGACGAUAUCUUUACCGAUGCAGACUUCGACUUCUGGGGUGCAUCGGCUCCUGCGCCCAAACCCGCGCCGCGGCCUUCGCUCAGCCUCAGUACAAGCGGUGGCACCGGGCUUACGCCGGGAGCUGGUCCGGCGCCUCUGGGCGGAAUGUUCGAUCAUGUAGCGGCGUCUGGUCCUGGGCCACCUUCCGCUUCGGCGAUGACACCUUCUGCAUCGGCAUGGUUGCCUCCCUCGACGCCAACGAAUCUUGUGCUUCCUUCGUCCAUUUCAGUAUCGUUCGAUCCUACUCCGCUCACAGCCGUCCUACAACCUUCGAUGUCGCCUGAACGACCAGUGGUGGAACAGGAGCCUGAAUCGUUCCAACCACCUCUCGCAACGGACGGGUACGGACCUAUCUCGUUUGCCCCUACGCUGGCGGCGCGGGAUGGGAAGUACGCUGAGGGCAAGUUCGCAUUCACUGGUGGUCUACCGAGUCCCCCAGAAGAAGACAUGCUACCCUACACUCCUACAUCCAGUUCUCUCCCUGCUCCAACCCCGCGUCGAGCUUCGGCAUCCUUCGUAAACGGAUCAGCGCUACUUCCGCCGCGCGUAUCCAGUCUAUCCGCCCCACGCCCGUCCAUGACAACUCGCGCUUCGUCUCUUCUUGCACCGACGCCCAGAUCAGCUACGUACUCAGCCACUUUACCAAGUACACCAAGUGCGACGUCCAUCUCCGCACCUGCACCGGUACCUUGGCAUCUACGCUAUACAGCUGCGACAGACCCACGUCCGCGCAUCGUUCGAGCCUUGAAGCGUAAAGCGACUGGUCAGGGGUUGAGAGAUCGGCCUCGCUCGAAUAGCGCUGCCUGGCAUGACGUUUGGGAGGACGAUCUGGAUGAUGAGGACGAGGAGGAGGUACCGGCUACUAGCGACGAGGAGAGCAGCGAUGACGACGAGAGCGAAGAAGGCGAAGGUGUGGGAGAUGAGGGACAGAGCAGAGCACGAACCCCGUUACCCGCGUACUUGUCCGCUGGCCCGUCGCUUCUUGCCAGCAACUUCUCGCAUGCGUACCUUCUUUCUCUAGCUUCACAAAUGCGCCCUGUCGCAUCGACACCGUUCGCAUCGUCUGCAUCCACUCCUCCGGCGACUGGCGCAGCGAGCGUGCCUACACCUGUUUCUCCCGCUGCAUUGAUGGGUGCAGCGAGCGAGAAGGCGAAGAGCCUCGAAGCGGCAGCUCAGCUGCUGGCCCGCGAAGUGGUCGAAAGCGCAGUGUGGGCGGAGGCGUGGGAAGCGAGCGCGCUGUGCGAGGACGACGCCUGCAAGGCAGCCCAGCGCGAGGUGUGGCCAGCGGAUAUCGCGCGCGUACUCAGUGCGUUGCAGCGCGUGCGGGGUCUACGCGCACCCGUAAACCUUGCGACUGCGCUCAUCGAAACUCCGCGACGAAAGGACGGGGAAGAUGUGGUGAUGGGAGACUCAUCUCAGUCCGACGCAGCGAAGCUUCAGAUCAAGACUUUCGGAAGUAUGGCAUUGGCUGUGAGCAAAGGUUCGGCUAUUAUUGCCAUACAACCUUCUGCACUGCGAUUUUGGCAUAAGCUGGGGCUCGGACCACGAUCGGGCCCAAAGGAUGUUGUGGCCUACGUGUUCUUCGAGGAUGUGCCGGAUGGGAGGAUGGAUCUUGCGGGCGAGUGGUUAAAGCGCUUGGGCGAGACGUACAAGUCAGCCAAUCUCGGAAAGCAUACUCCUGGACGCGCGGCUGGGUGUGCGCGAGAUGGAAUUGUGCCUGUGCACUUUGACACAUUCCGAAAGACCCUGACUGAAUUCGUAGGAGGUCUUGAAUCGACAACAACCAACUACGUCUUCUACAUUGUGGCGCCGGCGCGCAUCACGACUCUAUCUUCGCCUGUCCUUCGUCAAGUCUUCUCGGCCGUCAAGCGGGCACAGAAGGCGUAUUGUGAAGCCCAGAUCCUCUUCCAGUUUCUUCCAGUACACCUUGUCUUCUCGCCGCAUCAGAGGGACCAACUCUACUUUGCGUGCUCUGUCUACGACCGUGUAGCCCGGCCGGCCGAUCGCGCUAUGAGUCGCAGGUUCUUCGACCAUGGACCCCGCGUCAGGACCUUAGUGCGCGAGCCAGCGUUUGCAAUAGCUCCGGGUUACCCCUACGUGAACUUCAACCGGGAUCAUCCGAUUCAAACGCUUAAUGUCGUAUAUCGGCAAUCGUUUCUUCAUGUCGCAUAUGGGGUCGCUGGUCGCUGGUUGGUGGCAGCCGCCUCGGACGAGCGUGGGACAGCACAUGACCUCGAGGUGUGGGCGUUACAGGAGCCAGAGCCUGCGCACUUCAUCGCGAGCACUGUAUGGUCGUUCGCCAAGAGGUUUGCUACUCGUGCAAGCACGGACUGGCGUAUGUUCAUCAUCAGAGCGGGGAUGAUGGGGGCUGAGGAGGUAAAUGCUUGGGCAGACACCAUUGAGCUCUCUCUGCCAGCUAUCACUCUUCCUAUGCACGUCUCUCUCGCCGUUUACGAGACGGCCUGCGCGCCCGCCUUCCUUCCUGGCCCCACUACUCUUCCGCCGUCAAGCUCUGUAGGCGUCAAGCAGAUCCUCGCGGACGGUGGUCUACGUGUGUAUGCUUUGCCGCGUAUCUCAUGCGCGGCUCUCGCCGCACCUCUCACAGACGACGUGCAACCGUUCGUUCAAGACCCCUCGAGAGAGAGCGCCCCUGCCACCCCUUCGCACACACAACAUACAAACUCAUCUGCGUCACCCGCUCCAAUCUACAACUCGUUCUCAUCAGCUCCACAUCCCGAAUAUUUACGGCCACUUCGAUCCGCGGCGUUCGUACACGCCCCCACCAACGGAACACCAGCUCUUGCUCGUAUACACGUCUUGUACGAGACAGCAUCUGCGCACGCGACAUUCCACAAGAGCAAGGCUCGGUCUCUGGAGGAAGAACUCGUGAUGUUCAACGCUCUAAGUACACUCGCGCUGGCGAGAGGUAUGCAAUCUGAAGGAUUGCCUUGGCAUCUUGCGGCCGUGCGCGUCAUGGCUACGGCCCUAAGUGCUGUCAAUGCUGGAGAAUAG